AUGGCUCAUCAUUAUUGCGAGAAAUGCAAUAUGGACUUCGAGGAUCACCAGUCACUUGGUCUACACUUGGAAAAGAAACAUCACUACUGUAAGGCUUGUGAUGAGCAUUUCGGAACGCCUACGGAUUUACUCAAUCACAAACGACUCAGCAAAAUGCAUCAUUACUGUCAGGAGUGUGAUGAUGAAUAUACAGACGCCGAGACACUGGUAUCCCAUCAACGAGCGAAGCAUCCCUAUUGCGAUAUCUGUGCCGAGGUUUUCCACUCCUCAUAUGACCUCAAUGAGCAUAAUCGCUUCCAGCACGCGUACCAACUCUGUUGUGUGUGUUCCAGAUAUUAUCCUGAUGUUGAAUCAUUGAAAGAGCAUAUGCAAACGAGCCAUCAUUAUUGCCAGCGAUGCGAUCUGGCUUUCGACACACCUGCUUCUCUCGAGUCCCAUGUUGUGGAAAGUGACCAACAUCAUGUCUGCCAUCUCUGUGAUUUUGAUUCUAAGGACAUUGAAUCUUUCGGGCAUCACGAGCAGUCCGCGCACUACUACUGCGAAGCAUGCGAGCAAGCUUUCGUGUCAUCGGCUGCGCUCCAGGAGCAUAUGGCCCAAAGCGACGAACACCACUACUGCCCGCAAUGCAAGUGUGAUCAUGAAGGCACUCGAGCCUUGGAUAUCCACAAUGAGAUCCAGCAUUACUACUGCAAGCUUUGCCGUAUCUACUUUGAUACCAAUAAAGCUUUUGAAGCCCACAAGAUUGAGAGCAGCCACCACUACUGUGAUAUAUGUGUUCUUGAGUUCCGCGAGCUGCAAGCCCUAGAAGCUCAUAUUAGGUGCUGGCAUGUCAUUAUAGGUACCUAUCCCGACGAAGAAGUAAUUGAAGGAGCAGCAACAGCCAGAGAAAUAUUGAACAAGGAUGUAACAAACGAAGAGCGCAAAGAUGAAGUGUCUAAGGACGAAGAGGCUAUAGGUGAAGAGCCUCACGGCGAAGAACUUCAUGACGAAAAGCCUAAAGGUGAGGAGUUCAAGAGUGAAGAAUCUAGAGAUGAAGAGGUUAUGGGUGAUGAUUUUCAACCAGAAGAGGAUCAACCAACAAUCAACGGAACGAAGUGUCCCGCUUGUUCAAAGAUGUUUCCCUCAACUCUCUCAAUGAUUAUUCAUUGCGAAGGAGGUGACUGCUGUGAAGAACUCUAUCGCGUCUUGCGUCAUGAGGACCAAACUAAAGAAUUUACCAUCGAUUCGGCCGGAAAGGCGCUGGCUCACGACACGAAGCAUUUUAAAUGCCCCCAUCCGUUUUGCGGUGAUCCGUUCACAAAAUUUAGUGGUUUAAUAGUCCACCUCGACGCUAUGGAAUGUGGUAUCUGGGUGGAAGAGCGAGGGGGAGAUGAACUCGACUAUCUAAGAAGCUACAUGUGCUGA